UUUGAUGGGGUUCCCUUUUAUUCCUUGCUGUGUCGCUGUGUCUUUGUAUGGUCUUUGUGUAGCAGCCACAGGUAGCAGCUGUUACGUGGCAGUGACGUGUGGUUAUACAUAAAAUUUCGUCUUUGUUCUGAUUCUGAUUAUUCAUUGUAAUUUCUUCAGACAGUAACAUUGCUGCAAGAUGGAACCUAAUUCUCUCCAAAUUGUCAAUGCAAACUCGGACCGUACAAUCACAGUAGAUGAAGAAGCGCUGCGAUGUAUCUUAACGAAAAAUGAGAUCAAAGACAGAUAUUUGUCCAUAAUUUCCAUCGCUGGGGUGUUUAGGCAAGGCAAAUCAUUUCUCCUUAAUUUCUUACUGCGUUAUUUACGAAUUAAAUAUCUUGAAAUGAGGGAUGUGACCGACUGGUUGAAAGCAGAAGAUGGACCUUUGAAAGGUUUCAGCUGGUCUUCGGGUUCCAAACGGCAUACCACUGGAAUUCACAUGUGGUCUGAGGUUUUCCUCACUGAAAAACCAACGGGCGAAAAGAUUGCCAUCAUUUUAAUUGAUACACAAGGUGCAUUUGACCAUCAAACUACGUUUGAAGACUGCGCCAGAAUUUUUGCUUUCAGUACGUUGAUCAGUUCGGUUCAAAUUUUCAACGUGAUGCGGAGUAUUAAACAAUAUGACCUCACGCAUUUGCAAUGUUUUGGGGGCUACGGUAGUAUGAUGACAAACUGCAUGUCGGUGCCUUUUCAAAACCUGUGUUUCCUGGUGAGAGAUUGGGCUUGCCCCUAUGAAAAGCCUUACGGAGCUGAAGGUGGAAACGCGUAUCUGCAAGAAGUAUUUGACUCAUCUGAGAAAGAAGUCAAGGACCAAAUUGAAAAUCUUAAAGGUCUUUUCAGUGAAAUGAGUUGCUUUUUGUUGCCUUAUCCUGGUCGUAUUGUUGACGCUUCUGAUACGUUUGACGGAAAUCUGAACGACAUUGAUGAGGUGUUUAAGAUUCAAGUCAAGGAAUUUGUAACAAAUUUGUUAUCACCGGAAAAUGUGCUUCUAAAAACUAUUAGCGGACACCGAGUUAAAGCAGAAGAGUUGCUAUGCUACAUUCACGAAUAUAGCAACAUUCUGAAGGGCGAUUCGUUGCCGAAAAUUGAUACCAUUUUUAAGGCUACUGUUGAAGCACAACACAAAUUAGCAUCUUCUCAGGCGUUCAAAUCUUACAAGAAGAAUAUGGACUUUGAAUGCAGACGCAGCCCCAGAGGUUGGACAAUCGAGGAUUUGUAUCAAAGACACGCAUCGAAUAAGAAAAAAGCCGUCGACUUUUACAGCAAAGUGAAAAAAAUCGACGAUACAGCUGUUUACGACAAAUAUUUGAUUGAGCUGAAACAUAGUAUGGACGCGGAAUUCCAGCAUUAUAGAAAAAUAAACGACGAAAAGGUACGCCAGUAUGAAGAAAGUAAAAGAAAAUUGGAAGAACGUAUAAAUUCAACUAGGCGUGAAAUGGCUGGUGGAAGUGGUAUGAGUACUCUUGGAACAGGCGAAAAAGUCGGACUAGCUGCUGGCGUUAUUGGUGGCGCAUUGGCUUUGGCGUUUGGUGCUUCGAAAUUGUUUAAUCACAAAGGAAGCAACGAAUAAGAUGUUUUGAGACGUAUUCAUGUAAUUCUGGUGUUGGAAUAUUGCAUAAGUGGGCCUUUUUAUUAUAUUAGAUUUAAAUUUGCUCCAUGUACUAAUUUUUAUAUUUUUAGAAUUGCAAUAUUAUUCAAUAAUCAAUACUUUUUUUACUAUAAAAGCCAUUAUGUGAGUACGAAAAACUGAAAUGGCCAUGAAAUAAACAUGAGGUGUAAACUUUA